AUGCAUGUUUGUGGAGAGAGAAACCCUGAAGUUAUCAAGACCUUGGCAAAACAAAUAGUGGUUCAGUGUGACCAGGGCUGCUACAGGUCUGUGGCCAUUCCUGCGAUCUGUGCUGGACAAGGGGGUUUGGAUCCAAGUGUGGUGGCCAAGUCCAUUCUAGAGGGAAUAAAGGAUGCUCCUGGACCACUUUUAGCUACCAGUGUAACCACCAGAGGGCGCAGUGGAUCAACUAGAUCGACAUCCCAUUCCUUACCCUUACCAGUCACUUUGGACCUGAGUUCUAUAGUGAUGUCUUUGCCUGACACUGAGAGCAGAGCAAGAGCUUCAGCGGCGUAUGAGGUCCAGUGCUCCACACACACUUUCUCUCCUGAUGAGAUUGAGUGCCUCACUCUGGAUGAGAAGGACCUGCUGCGCUCUAAAGUCAAUUCUCUGCACCUGCAGUUAAAGGAGAUCAGUUCUAAUAGAUGGGUUGUAAAAGGACUGAAGGAAGGAGUGAGUGAGGUGGCUAUGCUGAUACAAGAUGCUCUUCGCAGACAGGUAAGAGAGAAGGACCAAAUGUUCCUCUUCAGUCAAGUCACGUGGUGCAUUCUGGGACCGCGGGGUAAUUGGCAGAAAUUACCAAAAGACAUGAAUUUUAAGCUUGAGAAAGCAGAUGUGAUAGAUGGUAUUGUGGAUGCACAGGGUGUGAAAUGGACUGUGGAUUUAAAAAACAUGAAAGCACGAAAUUUGACACAGGUGACCACUCUCAAACGACUGCAGAACUUGUCAGAUUUCACUGUGCCAAUCUACUGGGACAACAUUACUGAGACUUUAGAAGUGAUUGACCUAGAUCAGUCAUCCAAAGAGUACCAGACCGUGAAGAUGGGCUUCAAGACGACUGUCAAAAAAACUGUGCUCAAGAUCCAGCGCAUCCAAAAUGUGAAUCUUCGGCGAUUAUACGAGGGACGUAAAACAGAGCUGGAGAACAGAAAUGAUACCAGCGUGGGAGCAGGAGAGAAGAUCCUUUAUCACGGCACGUCAGAGGAAUCCUGCUCAUUAAUCAAGACGUCAAAUUUUAAUCGCAACUUUGCUGGGCAAAAUGCCACCCUCUACGGUCACGGGACAUACCCGCUGUGA